GCUCUUUCUCCUCCUUUCUUGCCUUCCUCCCAACCCCUGCGCGCUCCCCUCUAUUGAGUGGCCUGGCAAAGCGGAUUACCCACUCCGGUUAAUAACUAGAAUCCACUUCCCUUUAGCCUCCUGGAGUAUUGGGAAACUGGAGCCUACUCUAAAAGAACGACACGACUGGGGUGGGAUUACGAUCAAGGGGACUUGAUUAGCUUGUCAUCAUGGCAAAGGGGCAUUAACAGGAAAUACUCCACACCGAAUCAUUGUGCAUCUGGACUUGGACUGUUUUUAUGCGCAGGUGGAAAUGAUCUGCAAUCCUUCAUUAAGGGGCAAGCCUUUAGGUGUUCAACAAAAAAGCACAGUAAUCACCUGUAAUUAUGAAGCUAGGAACGUUGGGCUCAAGAAAUGCAUGUCUGUGAGAGAAGCAAAAGAAAAAUGCCCAGAUCUGGUGCUAGUUAAUGGAGAGGAUCUGACGAAAUACAGAGAAAUUUCUUAUAAGGUUACAGCAUUAUUAGAAGAAUUUACUCCACUGGUAGAAAGGCUUGGAUUUGAUGAAAAUUUUGUGGACAUCACUGACAUAGUAGAAAUAAGACUGGAGCAGUGGAAAAAAGAGUUUUCUACAAUCUCUUGGUCUGGCCAUAUAUAUAAAAAUCAGACCGUUGAUUUACGUAAUCCAACCCAUAGAAGAUUAGCUGUGGGAUCGCAGAUUGCAGCAGAGAUGAGAGAAGCCAUGCACAGCAGACUGGGCCUUACCGGCUGCGCAGGAGUUGCCUCUAAUAAAUUACUCUCCAAAUUGGUGUCUGGGAUCUUUAAACCAAACCAACAAACUGUUCUUUUGCCUGAGGGUCGGCAGGACCUGUUGGCCAACCUGGACCACAUAAGGAAAGUGCCUGGUAUUGGCUUUAAAACCGCAAAGCGCCUUGUGGCGCUGGGACUCGGCACUGUCUGUGAUCUCCAGAUGUGUUCAGCUGGAAUACUAGAGCGAGAGCUGGGAGUUCUGGCAGCCCAGCAUAUCCAGAAACUCAGCUGGGGGGAAGAUGACUCCCCGGUCACCCCAUCGGGGGCCCCUCAGUCCCUUAGUGAUGAGGACUCCUUUAAAAAGUGCUCUUCUGAAGCAGAAGUGAGAAAGAAAGUGGAAGAACUACUAGCUAAUCUUUUGGACAGGUUACGUAAGGAUGGUAGGAAGCCACAUACAAUCAGAUUAACCAUUCGGCAGUUUUCUUCUGUCAAUAAAUGGCCUAAUCGGGAGAGCCGUCAGUGUCCUAUUCCAUCUCAUGUGGUCCAGAGGAUCAGAACAGAUGACUCCAACGUCAAGACAUACCUGGUUGCCAUCCUUAUGAAACUGUUCCGUAAGAUGGUCAGCGUGGAAGUUCCUUUUCAUCUGACCCUUUUGAACGUCUGCUUCUCCAACCUCAAGGACCCUCCUGCUUCUGCCAAGCAGUCUAUUGGGUUUUAUUUAACCCGACCAUCAACUUCUUCUAACAGUGAGAAACGUGUUCAUAAAAUGGCAAAUAUGAAUGCACAAUAUGCAACUCCAGAAGGUCAGAUGGACACUUGUGAAGUCUCACCAGGGGCAAGAAAUGCACAAGGUGUCAAAGCUUCACCAGAGACCCCCGGCCUCCCAAAAGCAACUGGCGUUCUUGAAUUUCCAAUUCACUUGCUUCCUGCCGGCGUUGACCACAAUGUGUUUAAUCAGCUUCCGAAGGACAUUAAGGAGGAAAUCAUAUCUAGCCACAAGGGGGAAAGAGAUAAUGCAGCCACUCUUUUGAGCCAGACAUUGGCUGCCUUGAGUGAAGAAUCGUUAGACGGGGCACAAGACAAAACCAGCCAUGCUUCUUUGCAUUCUAGAAGCACCCAUCAAAACCAUUGCUCUUCCCCACUUUGUAAUAUUACAUCCACCAGUGAGGAGCCGCCACUAGCUGUAUACGCUUGUACUUCCAAACAUCUUGUCCCUCAACACCAUUCUCUUGAGGCUGCUGAAACGGCAUCAGUCACUGGCUGCACAGAAUCUGUGGAUGUUAAAAAUUCAUCCCCCACACUCUCUCAGCCUUCUCUUCUCUGGGCCUGUAUUCCGGAAGGGCAGAAAUACCCGGAUGGGCCUGGCCUAGAUGGAGAAGCCUCCCAUGAUGAAAGUUGGAAAGAAGGUCCCAAACUGGUCCUUCCGCCUACUGUUGAUCCCAAAACAUUUUCCGAGUUACCUACAGAGAUACAGAAGGAACUGUUGGUGGAAUGGAAGGGUCGGGAUCCUGUUUCCAAAACGCAGGCCAGCAAAAGCCAUGACAGGCUCAAAAGGCAAAAGAAAGGGUUGCCUUCGCCCUCUCAGUCAAAUAUUUUAUUGAGAUAUUUUAAACCACAAUGAUUACUGUAUAAACCUGGGGCAGAGAUUGCGAGGGUAGGGUGCAACAUCUCUGACACCACAUGGGCAGCAGAAUCUCAUGGUUGAGCUCUAAGAUGGCACCAUUCCAGAAAGCGAGGUGUGGAGAAGCCUCCUGGUUUUGAAUUCAUUCUCCUUUUAAGAAUUAACAAAACCUCACCAUGCAGGUAACAGUCACAUCAGUGGGAAAGGUUCUAGCCCAACUUUAUCUCUGACGCGCGCUUCUCUGCACGGCAAGGUUUUGUUUCACACAAGGCAGCAUUCAAAAAUGCAGUUACCCCCUUCACCCUUGUUCACUGAAGUGAUACAAUCCCCGGAGACCUCAACCACAAAAUGUUGCUGAUUAUUUAGGUGAGCUCUAAAACCACUUCCCCCCUCUAAAAUGUAAGUUCGUUAAAAUUUUGAAAGCAGGCAUAAGAAGGGGGGAAAGUGGAGAGAUUAAAAGCGUCACGCUGCUCUAGCAACGGAUACUGUGACGGUCGGUUUUUUGGCCUUUGGAAAGGCAGGAACAUGGAGGAGGGGGGAGGACCAGGAAGAGCGCAUGAUAACAGCAUAAACUAGAAGAAAGCAACUCGUAGGCCACAUACGUGUCUCUCACAUGCACACACACGUUGCCCAUGACACCCCCUGCAACUUCAUGCUGCUACAGCAGAGAAGGAGAGUGACAGGCAAUCGUGCACAUGUGCAACCAAACCACAGAGUGUGGCAGCUAAAACGGGCCUUCAACACGACACUCUAGGGGGUUGGCUCCAUGGUUUGGCCUCCCUGCUUGCCUGUGUAUCCAACUGCCUCCUGACUGCGUUCCAAGUCUUUCUCUAGCAGCAGGAGAAGGUCAGCCUGCCUUGAAGUGUGUGGACAGAAACGUGGACAGAGACUAUUCUGGAUCCAGACACUCCCAUGAGAGACAAUGCUUAAGAAAGCAGGGCUUCAGCUUCCAUGCUUAAAUAGGUUUCGUUAACACCACAAAUCUGGGUUGUGCUAAGCUAAAUGGAGUGUGCUGUGAACCAUGUAAUAAUAAGACUGUAAAGUCUUCUAACAAAUAAAACUCCUUCCCCCUACUAUCAGGUCCUCAUUCUGGAAUUAUUCUGCUCCUUAAGGAGCUUUGAAACUGAGAAAUUUUUAGUUCCACCUGUUCUUACUUGGGUAGGGUGACCAUAUGGAAAGGAGGACAGGGUUUCUGUAUCUUUAACACCUGUCUAGAAAAGGAAAUUUCAGCAGGUGUCAUUUGUAGGCAUGCACCACCUGGUGAAAUGCCCUCUUAACCACAAGUGCUGCAGGAGCCCUGCCCUCUUAACCAGAUACAAAAGAAGGCAGGGCUCCUGCAGCUUUAACUGUUGUGACGGAGAGGGGAUUUCACCAGUGCUACAUGCAUACAAAUGACACCUGCUGAAAUUCCCUUUUCUAUACAACUGUUAAAAAUACAGGAGCCCUAUCCUCUUUUUCAUAUGGUCACCCUACACUUGGGUGCUUUAGUCAUGGAAAAUUUUCUAUAAUCGCCAGAUAUGUGAUUGCCAUACGGCUUUUAAAAAGACAUAAACUUUGCCCAGGAUGACACAUGAUAACCUGUAAGGUAAGCCUCGUUUCUUCCCUUUUGAGGGUUUUGAUUGUAGUUAUUAGCUGUAAUGAGAGCUUUCCGUACAUGUGAAGCAGGGUUGUUAUUUUCUUUUCCCUUGAGUAUAUUUGAUGGAAGUAGAACAUGGGGUUUUGAACCUGAUAAACACUGCAAAUUAUUCAUACUU